UGCUGCAUGGAUGGUGACCCUGCAGUACACAGCUCCAGGCUCCAGCUGUCAGCUGUGCUCUGUUUUUUUCUGGCUUUCCCCACCCUGUCUCCGGUGCCAUGGCGUCCAGUGAAGAGGACGGCUCCGCGGAGGACAAGGAAAACAACAAGAAGAAAACCAAACGUCCUUUUGUCACAGCAUGGCUAACCAUUUAUAACAUUGCCAUGACAGCCGGGUGGAUGGUGUUGGCUGUGGCUAUGAUCCGGUUUUAUAUACAAAAAGGGACACACAAGGGUCUAUACAAAAGCAUAUCAAGGACUCUCAAGUUUUUUCAGACAUUUGCAUUGCUUGAGAUUUUCCAUUGUGCAUUUGGAAUGGUGCGUACCUCUGUGAUUGUGACUGGGGUCCAAGUGUGUUCAAGAAUCUUCAUGGUGUGGUUUGUCACUCAUAGCAUUAAGCAGAUCCAGAAUGAAGAGAGUGUUCUUCUUUUCCUGGUCGCGUGGACGGUGACAGAGAUUACAAGAUAUUCCUUCUACACAUUCAGCCUGCUCAAUCAUUUGCCAUACUUCAUUAAAUGGGCCAGAUACAACUUGUUCAUUGUAUUGUACCCAGUUGGUGUGGCCGGUGAACUUUUGACCAUUUAUGCUGCCCUGCCGUAUGUUCGUAAAUCUGGCAUGCUCUCAGUGAGGCUUCCCAACAAGUACAAUGUCUCCUUCGACUACUACAUUUGCCUGAUCAUUGUCAUGCUCUCAUAUAUACCAUUGUUUCCACAGCUGUUUUUCCACAUGCUGCGUCAGAGGAGGAAGGUGCUUCACGGGGAGGUGAUGGUUGAAAAGGAGGAUUAGUGCAUCUACGAAACCCACCACGCUUGUUCUUAGGAUAACCAGACUGUACAGCGAAGCACAAAAAAAAAUGUGAUCCACGUUAGGAGCUCAAGUAACAUUCAUGGAACUAAAAUAAACAGCUGUGCAUGAAAUACCAUGGAUUCCGUCAUUGAUUCUUUAAACAGAGGGUUCCGUGUGGGAAAAGUUUGGAGCUGCCGUUACAACUUUCUGUUAUGAUAUUUCUUCUGUUGCAACCAUUUUAACAGUUUUGCUUCUGUAGCUUGAUAGAUAUUCUUUUAAAAAAAGGCAUUUCAGAGCCAGUGAUGAGAACCAAUUUAUAAUAAAAUUUGAGGCCUAUUGAUUCAAUUGGACUGAAUUUUCAAAUAUCUGCUAUCUAUAAUUUGAUGGGUUUUGUAUAUAGUUUCCUGGACCCACCUUCAAUAUUUUAUUUUUGAUAUUAUUGACUGAAAGCCAGUUGUCUUAGGGGUUGGUUUGAUCAAUCUAUACAUAUAUCCAGGAGACUCUUUAAAGUUUUAUAUUGACACGGUUUCUACAAAUAUCGUAUUCCUUUGAGUUUAAGACACACUUUUUUAACCAUUUUUUGUUUCUCAAAAAUAGCCUGCGUCUUAAAUUCGAGUAGAGUAUAGUGAUGUAUGUAUUAAAAUCGGCAACAAAAGACCUGACUAUCAGAGUACACAAACAGCAACGUGACUGACUGCUGAGAAAAGACAAACAAAGACAUCACUGCCCAAAUACACAAGCAGCAACGUGGCUUACUGCUGAGAAAAGAUGAAACAAAACGUUACUGCCCAAUCUCGAAUCAUCAAUGACAUACAGUCAGCCAUUUUCAAAGAAGCGUCAUUAUCCUGAGGAAUUCAAAGAAGCUUUUACAAUUUCAGUGUUUCUAAAAAACAGUACCAGCUUGAACAGAUCAGAAAUGCUGAUCAGACCCCCGUAUUUUUCAACAUGCCAAGAAAUACCACAGUUCACAAAGUGGAAGAAAAACAAGUGCGAGUAAUCUCCAUAUACGUAUGUUAUGUUCUGUUGAUAUUGUGCAUACCGUUCUGACUGUUGUGUUUGCAAUGCGAUCAAUGCUGUUGUGGUUGCUGGUUUACAUGUUGCCUGCGUGAUGCCGUAAGUGAGUCAGGGGUGUGCGUACGACAGAGACACCAUCUUAAGCACUAUAGUACGCAGCACAAUAAACGAGCUCCGUGGCUAAUCUACAGCAACACUGUUUCGGGUCUGUUUUAUAUGAUACAACAGCGUAAUGAUUUUGUAUCUUUGUAAAUGCAUAUUUAUUUGAUUUAUUUUUUCCUCAAAUUGAGGGUGGUAAGUUUGGGCUGCAUCUUAAAUUCGAGGGUGUCUUAAAUUCGAAGGAAUACGGUAUUGUAUAUCACUAUGGUUCACUAUGGUACAUAUCUUCAAACUUUGGAUAUUUAAACACGUUUAAAAUGCAAACACGUAAUGGUUCAUGAUUAUACCAAAUAAAAAUAAAAAACUGCAUUGUGUUUUCUAUACAGUAUAUGUAUAGUAUAUGGGCCCUAUCUUGAAAUGUGUUUACAUAUUACCCCUUUUAAAACUAGAAACCCAGAAAAAACAACUGAAUAAUGGAACUGCUCCAAGCUACAAUGUAUUGUGUGUUUUGAAAUAUAUGUCUUGAAACAAAGGUGCUUUUUAAAAUAAAACUAAAAUCAUUUCCAAAUUAAGUGCA